AUGCAGUCCACCGCCAACAUGGUUCCUGCCGCCGCCUCCAGCAAGCCCGCCGACGAGGUGUCAUCCUCAUCGUCGCCGGUGAAGGCGGUGCAAGUUGAUAGCCAGGAGAAGCCGCAGCAGAAGCAGACGACGACACCCAAGAAGAAGGCGGAUAGCUCCAUGCGAUACCCCUUUUGGUUCGGAGGCAGCGCCAGUAGUAUGGCCGCCUGCGUAACACAUCCCCUGGAUUUGGGUGAGUCUUCUUCCCCCGUGCUUGUGAUCGAGCAAGUCCGCCUGCAAGUCCGCCGUCCCGACGCGCCAAAGAACAUGGUCGGCACCUUCGCCCACAUCGUCCGCAACCAUGGCAUCACCGGCCUCUACAACGGCCUCUCCGCCUCCCUCCUCCGCCAGAUGACCUACUCCACCGUCCGCUUCGGCGCCUACGAGGAGAUGAAGGUCCGCGCGACCCGCAAGAACAACGGCAAGGCCCCGGCCUUCCCCGUCCUCGUCGCCAUGGCCUCCGCCUCGGGCUUCGUCGGCGGCAUCUCGGGCAACGCCGCCGACGUGCUCAACGUGCGCAUGCAGCAGGACGCCGCCCUGCCCGCCGCCGAGCGCCGCAACUACAACCACGCCCUCGAGGGCAUGCUGCGCAUGGCGCGCGAGGAGGGCAUCAUGAGCUGGUUCCGCGGCGUGCUGCCCAACAGCAUGCGCGCUGCCGCCAUGACGGCCUCCCAGCUCGCGUCCUACGACACCUUCAAGGGCAUGCUCAUCAGGCACACGCCCAUGGGCGACAACCUCACCACGCACUUCACGGCGAGCUUCCUCGCGGGCGUCAUGGCCGCGACGGUCACCAGCCCGAUCGACGUCAUCAAGACCCGCGUCAUGUCCGCGACCACGCAGGAGGGGCUGGCGCACACCCUGGCCAAGAUUUACAAGGCAGAGGGUUUAGGGUGGAUGUUUAAGGGCUGGGUACCUAGUUUCUUGAGGCUUGGACCCCAAACUAUCUGUACAUUCGUCUUCCUAGAAAUGCACCGCAAGGUCUAUAGAGCGGUGACCGACGUUGGCGGCGAGGAAGCCAUCUAG